AGAAAGCUUUAGAUUGCUACAAAGGUCAAUAUUUAGCGAGUCACAAAAGAGGUGCUAAUUUUGAAAGCUAAACUUAAACAAAAGACAACAGGAGAACAAAAUGUCGAGGACUUUUGAGCGGUUGAUGAGUGUGGUGCUGGCGUUACUGGCAUCUACCUCGCUAUCUACCAGUCUACCUACCAGUCUACCUACCACCCUCGAACUGUCAGCCAUCGUCGCCCCACACACAUACCAGCAACAAAAACUACUUCUACUUCAGCAAAAAAUCCGGCAGCAGGAAAACCAAAGCCCCGAAACUGGCGUGAAAACCACCAAAUCUUGGGUUCUCGGUCCCGACAGCGAUGCAGAAAAUUUUGAAAUUGAUUCACGAAAUGUCGAUUCAGAAACACAAAAUUUCGACGUAGAGUCUAGCAGUCCCGAGACCGAUUCCCAAAACCGCGAAAACGAAUCGCCAACUCAAACAGAGUCCCGAAAUCCUGAAAAUGAUUCCCGAAAUCCUGAAAUAUUCGAAUCUUCGAACGGGACAAAGGCCGGGAAAAAACCGAACGUGGAGACUGAAGCGAAACUGAAAUCGGGCUACAGUAAAGUGACCCGCCAGUCCCCAACGGCCGGGGAAGACACAAACAUCAUCGUAAGUCCCCCGACCACCGCAUCCGAUUCCUCGGCCGCCAAGUCCAUGGACUUGAUAAGGGAAAUCGAACGGCAAAUCCUGGAGGAUGACGAAGCCGACGACGCCGAAGCCAAGGGUGAGUAA